UUGGGUGAAGUCUGUCCAGAAGAAAAUGGAGAGAUUAAACAAAAUAACAAACAAAGACAAAGAACCCCACAACCCCAAAAUAAACAAAUAAACAAGUAAUACGAAAAAAAAAAAAGUAGCAGUAAAACAGCAAUUGCAGCAGCAGUGAAGUUUUUAGAUUUUAGUGAGAAAGAAAAAGGCAUAACCAAUUAGGGCCUUGUCGGAAAGUUGCCCACAAAAAGUGAAGUUUGUUCGUGAAAAUAAUUUAGGUUCUAUGAUGAAUCAACACGACAUAUCUUUCCAAUCAGCUGCUAUUGCCAGUAGUUCCGAGAUGAUUCCGAUGGGUGGUUACUUUGCACCUCCCCCCAUGAAUUUCUCUGGGAAUUCCAGUAUUUUUACUACCUCCCCUGCUUUAAUCGAACCUGGGAACUCUUCUGGCUCUUCCCUUAUUGACUCAGUCGCAGGGUUCACGCAUGAUACAGGGUUGGCUGUCGAAUGGUCCGUUGACGAGCAGUACUUAUUGAAGGAGGGCCUUGAAAAAUAUAAAAAGGAACCAAAUAUUAUGAAGUACAUAAAGAUUGCGGCUACAUUGCCUGAUAAAACUGUACGUGAUGUUGCAUUGAGGAGUAGGUGGAUGCAAAGAAAGCGAAGGAAACCUGAAGAACUUAAUGCGGGUAAAAGGGUUAACAAUAGGAAGGAUAAGCUGGUGGAAUCAUCUUCAAAGAUGAAUAUGCCUUCAGCUUUGCCACAAAACACGGCUUCAUAUCCUCUCACAGUGCACCCUCUAGACCAGAAUGGGAGAAUACCUUCUGAAGGAAUAUUUGGUACAACUAUGGAUCUUCUGAAGCAAAAUUCUCAAGUACUUAGUCAAAUCACAUCCAACCUUUCUGCAUACAGGUUACAGGAUAACGUUGAUCUCUUUUGUCAUGCAAAGAACAAUAUUACCGCCAUGCUAAAAGACAUGAGAGAUAUGCCGGGUUUAAUGAGCCAUAUGCUGCCAUUGCCUGUGUCUGUUAAUGAGGAUUUAGCAAAUAGCAUGUUGUGUAGUGCAACUCAGGCAACGAUUCUCGGGAUCAAUCUCAAGCAGGAGCCAAGGUGCUGAUUGGGAAUUGUUGAGGUCGAGUUUCGAUGUAUCUGGUAUGUAUAAAUUACGGAAAAAAAUUUCUACUGUAAAUUCAUAAGAAACUGAUAUGAAGAAUUUGUAGAAAUCCCAUUUUUCGAAACCUCAAAUAUUUAGAUAUCAAAUAAACCCUAGCACCAGAUAAUAGGAAUGGUGAAAUAUUCAUCAUCUCAUAUCUCAAGUUAGAAAAGGGAGAGAAAAAAAAUUUAUCCAACAGGUUCAGCUGAAUUUUGCAUUGAAGCUUUCAUGUGUUUAAUUUGUAACUUGCUAACGUUAUUUGGUACUUGAUUUAUAUAACUUCUUGUAGUUUAUUAUCUCAUUGUUCAGUAUAUUUUGGACCAGUUUCAACACAACUAAAAUCGUGACAUAAUGAGCAUCAUUUAAGUUAUUCACCACAUAAAAUCGUAACAUAAUCAAAGUGAUUGGAUUCAACGCAACCAAAAUAGAACUAAAAAGUCCAAUAAAUCAAACCAUUCCCACAAUGGAAGUAGCUUUAACAUUCUACAAAUGCAACCAAAAAACAAAAUAAAAGCCUUUACAAUACAAUUCUACAGCUAGUAGAAGAAUGAAAGUUUGAAUGGGAAAGAAUUCGACAUCUAAAUCAAUGCCUACCAAAUCUUAAGCUAUUUCACAGGCUUUUUUCUUCUUCCUUUUUUAUUUUUU